CUUUUGCCGACUGGACCCUUUGUAGCCGGCUACAAGGCGGCCAACCGAUCGCUCUUGUUCCAUUCAGUUGUUUGCUGGGGCUCCUUUUUGUGUUGACUUUCAGGGACUUGCACACGACUUUCUGCUGUCCCACGCUCAGCAGGGACCACACCCCUGCUGAGGCGGGCCGCGCUAAAAUACCUCGGUGGCAUGCAUGUCUUGGCAGUCGCAAAACUUCCAGCGUGUCUCUUGCGAAACCUGACACGGACACCACCACCAACCCAAUCCCCUGCGCCGGCCAGAAGCAGCAGGCUGUUCCCCGCUUGCGAUAAUGCCAUCAUGAAGCUCUCCGCGAUUUCUGUUGGCCUCCUGGCCCUCUUGACGCCGCUGACCGCAGCAUGGACGAAGGAAGGCAAGUGUGCCCUUUUCCUCCUGGAAGUUGCAAGUUGGCGCCGUUGUGGCUUCUCUUCUCCUCGAGCUCGUGGACAAGCAGUCUGGAGUGCUGACACGUACCUUUCCCCUACCCCGACAACAGAUCGCGAAAUCUUCCGCGUCCGCGACGAGCUGAUCGCGCACGAGGGCCCGGACGUCACCUUCUACGACUUCCUGGGCGUGUCGCGGUCGGCGAGCCUCGAUGACAUCAACAAGGCCUACAAGAAGAAGUCGCGCCAGCUCCACCCCGACAAGGUCAGGCAGCAGCUCACAGCGGAGCGCAUUAAGGCCCAGAAGGAGCAGGCCAAGCAGAAGAAGGGCAAGCCGGGCGCCCACGUGGUGAAGCCGCCCACGGCCGCCGAGCUCAAGGCCGCCGUCAAGCGCGCCUCGGAGCGCCAGGCCCGCCUGUCCAUCGUCGCCGACGUCCUGCGCGGGCCCGGCCGCGACCGCUACGACUACUUCCUCGCCAACGGCUUCCCCACCUGGAAGGGCACCGAGUACUACUACAGCCGCUACCGCCCGGGCCUGGGUACCGCCCUGCUCGGCGUCUUCCUCUUCGCCGGCGGCGCCGCGCACUACCUCGCGCUCUACAUGAGCUGGAAGCGCCAGCGCGAGUUUGUCGAGCGGUACAUCAAGUUUGCGCGGCACGCCGCCUGGGGCGAGAACCUCGGCAUCAAUGUCCUGGGCCUGGAUGAGCAGCCCGCGGCUGCCCCUCCGCCGCAGGACGACGAGGGGCGCGCCAUGCCGAUGAACCGGAAGAUGCGCCGGAUGCAGGAGCGCGAGGCGAAGAAGGAGGCCCAGGGCGGCGGGCGCAAGGCACGCCGCGGCCGCGGUUCGCCGUCGGCGUCGGGCUCGGCAACGCCCCAGCCGCCGCCGGCCCCCCGCAGCGGGCCGACGGGCACCAAGAAGCGGGUUGUUGCGGAGAACGGCAAAGUCCUGGUUGUCGACUCCCUGGGCGACGUGUACCUGGAGCAGACGGACGAAGACGGGAAUGUGGCCGAGUACCUGCUUGACGUGAGUUUCUGCUUCAGUGCUCCAGCCGUCGCAUUCUCUGUGGUGGUAACUGACGCCAUCUCCAACUAGCCCGAUGAGCUCCCCCCUCCCACCUUCAAGGACACUGCCGUCGUGCGGCUCCCAAUGUGGGUGUACCGGCUGACCGUUGGUCGCCUCUUUUCGAAGCGGACGGAGGCCGGCACGGAAGAGGAGGGCGAAGAAGCCACCGAGGUGGAAGUCCUGGACAACGACGACGCAGAGUCCGAGCCCGGGAAGCCCACGCCGAGCAGCGGCUCGGCCGAGGAUUUCGAGCUGCUUGAAAAGUCGGUGGACGAGCAGGGUCUGGCCAAGACCAGCGGCAGCCAGAAGCAGGGCGGAAAGGCGGGCAAACGGAAGAACAAAAAGAGGUGACGAAGGGCAGUCGCGUGAGGAGGUUGGAAACAUGGCAGUGCUUAUGAUGCCGGACCCUGAGGUAUGGCUUGGGUAGGCGCCGUAAAUGACAACAACAGUCAACAAGCGUCGCUCACUUGGGGACGGAUAGACGGGCGGGGGAAUAGGGGCAUGCCCGGCGGCCUGCUGGGUCUCGCGGCUCGACCGCAGACUCAAGCCGCUGAAAG